AUGCCCGCCUACCUCUGCCACGGCUUCCGCUGGCAGCGGCGGAGCAUCCGCGUCUACGUGAUAGUCCAGAACCUUGAUGACGCCUCGCCCGAGUGGAUAAUACCGGCCAGAAGUUCACAGUGCAUCCUCAGGUCCUUCUACAGCCUCUUUGACUUUCUCCCUUACUGUAUCCCCGCGACAGCUGGUUACACGCCCUCGCAUGACGUCGACAGCGACGACGGCAGUUACGUCUACAACAAUGACUACACCAUCAGUGACUCUCCCAGAAACCGCAGCCGGAGUCGCGGUCGUAGUCGCUCACAGAGCCGGACCCGGGCCCAUGUCCAGACACAUAGCCGUAACCAGAGUCGCAUCAAACAAGAACAGCCAUUGCCACCCUUACCAAAUGACCCAUCCCGGAGCGCUACGCCCGAAGAUGACUUUUCGUCCCAGUCCUGGUCCGCCAUCAAGCUUCUGGAAGAGUACGACCCGCACGACCUGACCGCCGUCUCACGUCCGUACGCCUACGUGGCCGAUUACGCCGUGCGCAUCGACUUGUCCUGCUCCAUCGCCGAAGAGAUUGCGCGCUACGAGCAACAGCAGCAGCAUUUCCUGCUCCAAACCCAGCAGAAGGGCGAGCAGCCGGUUUUCCUCGAGAAGCUCCGUGACCAGCUCCAGCGCGGGGAAGAAAUCCGCUGGUACGUGGUCAUUAACGACGAUGAGGUGAGGGGAUGGCCCUCCGAUGGGUCACCUGGGCCUGUUUCCCGGCCUGCAGCGGGGCACCAACCAGCACCACCACAGUACUACUACCCCCCUGGUCGACCGCCACCGUCAAGGGAGCAGUUGGAACACCAUGCGCAGUAUCUGCUGCAGCAACGGAUAUUUGAGGGGGACGACCGGCAGCGCCAAUGGGAACAGAAGCGAAGGGAGCAACGUGAGCGGGAGAGAUCAGUGGAACCAUCGUGGGGGAGAAGGCCGGACGAGAACAUGGAGUGCAACCCGCCCGUCGUACCAGAAAAGGACCAUCUACCGCCUCGUCAGGGAUCGAAAGCAGUAGCGGCGUUGCCGUUGAGGUCGAAAAUGUCGUUUGAUGCUGGCAAUGGACGGCCCAAAACUGCUGCGAGCAAAGGGGCGGGGCUUAGGAGGUUAUUUGGGAGGAGCAAGGCAGUCGAGGGUGCCUCACCGGCCGGAUGA